AUGUAUCAUCAACGCCAAAAGUCCUCUUCGUCAGCUCGGUCUGAUCUUUCGAACCGCUCAUUUCUCUCUGCAUCACCCUCUGCUAGCCCCAAACCAAUCACUUCUCUCCCUUCUCCAUCUGUUUACGGAAGCUUGUUGUCUCCGACCGAUACUCCUCACAAGCGCAAUCGUUUCAAGACACUCUUCUUCGUACCCUCUAUCAGAGAUUCCGGCAUCUCGCUCAACGCACCAACCUCGGAUCCACGGUUACCUAGUCCUCUCACGCCGCCUUGCUUCCCCAUCCCUAGCAUACCCAUCGACGAGGAAUCUUUGGUGCAGAGAGAACUCGACUUUUUGGUAGACGAGCUCGCGGCCCGAUACGAUUGCCACAACAGCAGUGACUUUGAUUGUACUGCAUCCGGCCGCUGCGAUUCACCGACUCUUGGGUGUUCAUCUGCUACCAUGACUUCGAGGCCACAGUCACCCUUGGCUCCACGCAGAAAGGGUAGUUAUCGCAACGCUAGCAGAAGUAGAGGUCACACCUCAUCACUACCCGGUGCAAGCCAUCUCAACUCUCCAGUCGAUCUCUCCAUGCGCGAGCUCACCAUCACUGCAAGAUCAGGCGACGUCAAGAAGACCAGUCCUCGCCCAAAACCUGCUAUCAACCCAUCUUCGCCUCUGCUAGGUCUGCCACAAGUGUUUCGCCGCCUCGCCAUCACAGAUCCACACAUCAAUGGCCAGCCCAUUCGCUUCUUGUCUCAGGAUUAUGUGGCCGGUGCAAACAGUCUGCAAGUAGGCAGCUGCACAUUCAUGAAUCUACCUUAUGGCGCAGAUGUCGAGUGUGGUCUGCGCGUCGAACCAAGCUUCCCUCGCACUGCUUCCAAAACUCAACUUGUGAUCUUGCAAAUCGUGCAAAGGGUCGUGAGGGUAAGAGAUGGAAGCAGUGUAUGGCUUCUCUGCUCUGAAGUCGAUGUUUCUUCUUCCUUCACCCAAGAGGUUAGAGCGGAAUUGGCUCUCGCUGCUUCUGCUUCUUCCUCAAACACCAGCAAAGGAAAACAAAAGCAACGAAGCAAUGACGACGAUAUUUGGACUUCCUUGGCUCAGCAGCUAGAAACAGAUUCCUACGCACCCAGUACAACUUGUCUACCUACUCAUCCGAGCAAGCUCAAAGAUCCAAAGGACAAAGGAUCAACACCGGCGCUAUCAGAUCUCCUUUCCCUGCUAACAGAAGUCCGCUUCCUGCACCGCCAAUUCUUUAUCCUCUCACCAAAGGCCUCAAAGGCAGGAGACUUGAAUCUGAGCAUCCCAUAUCUAUCCAGCAGUCUGCAUACCUCUCUCCUCUCUUUACCUUCUCCCAAACCACCACCUCAGCAGGACCAAAAGCUGCCAAGUCCUCACGGCCACGAUACUUCCAUCUACACACCUUCACUCCACUCUGGAACACCUAUAACCAUCUUCAUCAACACAGCAGUCUCACAAGCAAAGUCUUGGCUUGAAGCAUCAACCUCUGCUCCCACCAUCCUGCGAGAAAUCCUCCAUCUGCCACCAAUGGGUAAAAACAAAGAAGGCAUGCAAGAAGAACAGAUGGGAAUCUAUGGCGUCAGAGUAGGCGAGUCUUGGGGUGAAGGGAGACAAGGACUUGGUUGUUGGGUCUGUUUCUUGGUGCCCAAGGGUGUGGAGAAGGAGCUUUGA